AUGGUGGAGGGAGGCGACAGUGAUGGACAGAGGAUGGCGGAGGGAUGCGAGUCCGGCGGCGACGCGACGGCGUCAAGUCGACAUUGCAGCCAUGACGAGGUAAUCAAAGAAAAUAAUGUUGUUGAUGAGUUGGCUAAUUGUGGUUGGAAGCCGAAAUUGGGCAUGUCAUUUGACUCUGAACAAGCUGCAUAUGAUUUUUACAAUACCUAUGGCGAAAAGGUGGGCUUUAGUAUUAGGAAGCUAUAUGUACACAAGAACAAACAUACUAAGGAAAUAAUUUCACGGACUUUUGUAUGUUACAAAGAGGGAAUUCGGGGUAUUGACAAGCAAGAUCUACUAGUAAAAUUUCCAAGGCAAGAGGUGAGGUGUGGUUGUGGUGCUCAAUUUGGUAUCAAGUUAGAUAGAAAUUUAGGAAAAUAUGUUGCCAUCGAUUUUGUUGAACAUCAUAAUCAUGAUCUUGUACCUCAAGAGUGCAUUCAUAUGUUGUCAUCCCAAAGAAAAAUAUCUACCACCCAAGCAAUUGAAGUAGAAUUGGCUUCAGAAUAUGAAAUUCCUCUUAGGUCUGCUUAUGAGCUAUUUGGUAGGGAAUCUGGUGGAAGAGCAUCACUUGGUUUCACCAAAUUGGACCAAAAAAAUUACUUGAGAUCGAAAAGACAAAAAGAUUUGGAAUAUGGAGAAGCGGGUAGUGUGUUGCAAUACUUUCGUAAGAAAACUUUGGAAAAUCCAUCCUUUUAUUAUGCAGUCCAAUUAGAUUGUGACGAGCAAAUAAGUAACAUAUUUUGGGCUGAUGCACAAAUGAUAAUGGACUAUGCUCAAUUUGGUUAUGUAAUGACCUUUGACACUACUUACAAAUUAAAUAACGAACAUAGACCUUUUGGAACCUUUGUUGGAUUUAAUCAUCAUCGAGAAACAGUUAUAUUCAGUGCAGCGUUGAUGUAUGAUAAGACUGCCGAAUCAUUCACAUGGUUGUUUCAGAUUUUUUUGGAGUUGAUGCAAAAUGCUGUGAAGCAUGUGAGUUCCCUCUUUGAAGAUGUUGGGGUGAAGGGUGUGUUUUCAAAAUUUAUGCAUCAAAUUGAUGAUGAAGAAGAAUUCAAAAUACAAUGGGACCAAAUGCUUGAUAGGUAUGAUGCACACAACAAUCAUUAG